GGGCCACCUCACCCUGAACAGUUUGCAAUUCACUCAUCACCACAGAACUACAAUCAAAUACUCCCUCCCACUUCUGUCGGCAGUUGAUUUAUCGAACGCCCACCAACCCCAAUGGCCGACGAUUCCUCCGCAAUUGAGGCCGUCCAACUGGACAUGGCCAAGCUGAAAACUAUCACGGAGGAAGCACAGCAGCAACUAUACAUCAUGUCUUUCCUGAACAACCUCGAGAGGCUAGUCAAUCAGUUGGACGGGGACGGGGCUUCUGCCUAUCAACUCUAUGUGAAGAAGGAGCUCUUCAAGGUCAUCACCCUGUCGGCGCCAGCGCCUACACGACUGGUCCGGAAUAUAUCUGGACGGUGCUUUGCGGGCAUUUUUGAGAAAGGGGAUCGAAAGCUGCUUUUCGAAACGAUCAAUGAACUGGUGGGCCUUAUAAAUGCGGGGAAGUCGGAUAAAGAUUUGAGGACUCGACAGUAAGAGCCCAGCACCUUUUCUUUCAUUCUUGUAUUUUUGGAAGGAAAUGGAUGGGUUACCGGAUAGGAUUCUGAUUAUGAGAUUUUCGGAUUUCAGUGCGGCCGUCCAUUGCGUGGGAGAGGUCUACAGAGUUGCUGGAGAUAGUGUAUGUGGGCAUCGCAACGUUUCGGGAAUGCUUGGCUAACUAUGACAGGCUAUGGCAUUAUCGACUUUAACGUGCACCUCACUACUUAAGCUACUUAAGCCUGCUCAGAAUGUCAGUGGAAUCCUUGAGAAACUGCAGUUGUUGAAGCUAAUAAAAUUAUUAGCAUUGUGGAUUGAGAAGCUCCAUAUUUCGAGCUCUAGGAAAGGUUUUCAGCAUGGUCAGGGAUAUGGCAGACGAGGCGGCAGCCCGCGACGUAUGGAGGCAAGCAAGAAAUGCUGCAACGAGCGAAAAAUCAGCCCUUGUUCAAGCUAGUGCGUUACAGGUAGUGUCAAAUUGACAAGCCGGGAUACUCUUGUACUAGCUUGCUAAUUUCAACCAUAACAGUGCAUGGAAGAGCUCCUGCAAGCUACCCAACUCUUUAAUAACCACCAAGAAUACGAUAAAUUGCAAAGUGUCGCAAUGAAGGCACUAGAUUCUGCCUCUGCAUCGGCCCGGAAAGCCGCUGCAUCAUGUUGGUCGUUGGCACUCGUAUCAGCUUACUCUACCGAAGCCCCAGAGCUUGCGAAAAUUGCGAAGAAGGCGAAAAAGACUAGGAGGGUAUCGACUACUGUUGGGGACGAUGAGGGGUUGGGCGUGGAGAGGCCUAGCUCGCCAGCUCCAAGCAGUAAAAAAGCCGCUGUAAGACUAGCAUUUACCUUGGAAGAGAUUUUACGGCAGCUUUCGAUGCACUACACCAGACCCUCCGCGUCUCCAAGAGCUAGGGCAGGGGUUGCAUUAUGUUAUUCAGGGGUUCUACAGCGACUGGGAUCAUCGACAGUCGAGAGUAACUAUGGCUUGAUUUCGAGUCAUUUACUUAAUGACCUACUCUCCCACCAUGUAAUCAUUACCAAUAGGUUCCGGUUAUUGACCACCCGGAAGUUCGUGCGAAUUCUGUUGGAAGAUGUGAUUGGCCGCAGACUACUCGGGGAAACUGGACAACUCAAUGCGAUCAAGACUCUUGUUAAUGACACUAUAAAGAAUUAUCCCGAGGUCAUCAAAGAAAAACCAGAGCCUAGCAAGCACGCUCUGGCUGGAGCUCUUCAUGCCUUGGCAUCUCUAAUACAGUCCUUGGGAGCUGCCCUAGCGAGUGUACAAGAUACCACACGCGAUGGACUCCUCCAGGUCUUACAGCAUCCAAGCUACUCUGUCCAAGUUGCAGCGAGUUGGUGUCUGAGGGCUUUUGUUAUUGCUGCUCCUUCCCAACUCCUCCCUAUAAUUACUAUUUGUAUGAACAAUGUGAAUCGGGAGCUUUCACAGAUGACUGCAAGGCGACCUACAACCACAGAGAUACUUCGCAGAUGUGCCGGGUAUGCGAAUGGCCUUGCAGCAGCUAUCAGUACCGCACCGCUUCAGCCCCUUUAUGCCUCGGUAGACGUUACCUCCAGGAUACUAACCCUUGCUACAUCGUUGCUAAAAUCAAGCGGAGAUUAUGACCUCCGUAUCUCGGGCACUCAGAUACAAGUCGCGUGGAUCCUGAUUGGGGGGCUGAUGGCACUCGGACCUAAUUUUGUGAAGAUCCAUCUUUCACAGCUUUUGUUGCUCUGGAAGAAUGCGCUGCCGAAACCUCUAGCCAAGGAUACUUCGACGGAGCGAUCCAUUUUGGAAUUAUCUUUCUUAGCUCAUGUCCGCGAGUGUGCCCUUGGCUCAAUUCUAUCCUUCCUUGAAUUCAACUCUAGGCUUUUGACAGCGGAUGUUUCCAAGAGAAUCGCCGCGAUGCUUCAAAACUCGACCUUAUUUCUUAAUACCUUACCCGCCAAGAAGACUACGGAUGAUGUUUCCCAGCGUCUCUCGCCUUCCCUGCAACUAAUCGACUUUGACCUUAUGGUCCGCCGGCGUCUUCUCCAGUGUUAUGCGAAACUUGUGAAGCUCUCUCAUGGGGAAGCCCUCCAAGCAAACUUGCUGACAAUUGCCGUGAGCUUCUUUGCCGACCCAGAUAAGUACACUCCAUCUUCACUUAGUACGGCCAUCGCUUCUAGUGCUGGCAAUUUCGAGUCAUUAUGGGAGAUUGGAGACAACUACGCAUAUGGCGUAUGCGGGUUUGUGAAAGGAUUUGAUGUGGGGGCAUUUGCAUUCGAAGCCCAGGGUGCUAAGCCAACUAUCGCCCAUUGGAUGACAAGGAACAGUCCAGAGGCGAGGAUCAAUGAAACGGUGAGUCGUUUCGUUCUUUACUUGCGGGAUUCUGAAGGGUUCAUUAAGGAUGUAUUAUUGAUUUCAUAUUUUGGGGGGGGGGGAAGCUACAUACACCUGUUAUCGGAUCCAUUGAGCACGAUUCUGUUUCGCUGUACAUCACAAGCAAUUCGAGUGUCGGGAAUGAACCUACUCCUGCCCCACCCGCUACUGCCGUAGUAAAUUCAGCGAUUGACCUUUUCACCAUCCUCCUUCCGAUCCAGCCGCCAAAGGUUCAAGAGAGCAUUUUAGAACAGAUAGCUACAUUUCUGGCGUCAGGUAGUCUUCAGCGCGAUCCUGGAAGAAAGGCUGCCAUGAUAGUCAAUGUUGCGGUAGCCCUCCUGGGGGCUCUUAAAGUGACAAUAGGUGAAGAAGUUCCGUCGGCGAGUUUGAGCACCGCGAGUGUUCUCAAGAUUAUGCAGGAGUUACUACAGGCAAGACCCGCUUUUGGCUUUAGUAUUGCAUGAAUUGACCAAUUCUAGGGAUUUGUCAUACAUCCUGACCCAUAUGUACGAAAUGUUGCAUACGAGGCACUGGGGCGUUUAUGCAGCAUCGGCGGAAAUAGUUUUACCGGUAAUAUGAUAAACUGGUGUGUUGGGACAAUAGUCAACAACCGAGACCCCAACGCUAGAGCUGGCUGCGCCGUGGCCCUUGGAUGCAUCCACUCGUAUGUCGGGGGAAUGGCUGCUGGGUUCCAUCUCAAAACCAUUAUUGGGAUCUUGAUGUCUCUUAGCAAUGACCCCCACCCGACGGUCCACUUUUGGGCACUAGAUGGACUAGCCAGGACUAUUGACUCAGCGGGUCUUACAUUUUCCGGCUUUGUAACAAGUACCCUGGGGAUGCUUUCCCAACUCUACGUAGCAGAGACCCACAAUGAGGAGGCGGCAACAGUCGUAACAUCGAAUUUGGAAUUUGAACUGCCCGUAUUAAGCAUCGUUGUCCGGUGUAUCGAUUCUUUGAUCGGAGUCCUUGGUCCCGAUUUGCAAGAUAUGAGCAAAGCAAGGGAGUUAAUUUUAACUAAUGUUGGACAAUUCCUGAGGGAGCCAGAUUAUACCGCUCAGUUGGAGGCUUUGCGAUGCCUAGAACAUUUAUCACUUUUCGCAGCCAGCCAUGUGGAUACUGUGAGCUACGUCAAACGGCUGCAGAAAGAGCUGGGUUCAGAGUAUGUGGAAUUGAGAGACGUAGCCAUCGAUGGCCUCUAUCAGCUCAUGAAAGGAGACGCAGAGAGGAUUAUCAACACUGCAGAUCCUGGACUGGAAGAGCAACUUUGGGUUGCUCUCGACGAGGCACCAGAGCAUGAGGGUAUUCGGAAUAUAAUCAACAACUGGCUCAACCAAACUGGCAUUGAGGAUGUUGGGAAAUGGGUCGGCCGCUGCCAGAUGGUGAUGUCAAAGUUGGUAGAGCGGAAGGACGGCAUUGCUGGAAAAUUAGAGAACGAGAGACCCACCAACUCGGGCGCUGUGGACUUGAACGACGAUGAGGUAGCCUCGUUCGCUGUCGCAUCUCCCGGGGAAAAGGAAAGCUCGCAGCCCACUGGGCAAGAACUGUUAAGAUGGCAGGUUAGGACAUUUGCGAUGAACUGUCUUUUCGAAUUGCUAAGCUUAGCUGCAAAAGAGAUGCAGAGGGAUUCCGAGACUCCGGUGGAGGAGAGUCUUGUGCAAAAGAUUGCGGAUAUCAUCCGGAUGGCAUUCUCCGCCAGUACGUCGAAUGUAGUACAACUUCGUUUGACUGGUUUGAGGAUUGUUGAUCAGGUUCUUAAGAUGUUUGGUUAUACUCCAGAUCCCGAUUUCCCCGAGGCUACAUUAUUAGAGCAAUAUCAAGCUCAAAUUGGAUCUGCUCUUACCCCUGCAUUUGCGGCUGAUUCUAGUCCGGAGCUUGCAAGUGAGGCAGUGAAUGUCUGCGCAGGGUUUAUCUCAACCGGCAUCGUUAAGGAUGUUGAUAGGAUGGGGAGAAUCUUAAGGCUGCUAACAUCAGCGUUAGAGAACUUUUCAAGUUUGUCUAUUAGCACCUCCCAUACACCAUCAUAGUUCUUUAGCUAACCGACAUAGGUGAUUCCGAGAUUGCAUCAAUUGGAGACCUAAAAGGGCUCAGUUCUAAUGCUCAGGUCAUGGUCAAGAUGGCCAUUCUCCGGGCCUGGGCUGAGCUGCAGGUUGCAAGUAAAGAGCAAUUGUAUCUUGCUGAUGUCGUUAAGCCACAUAUUGCUACACUGGCACCGUUAUGGCUGUCCUCACUUCGGGAGUUCGCAAGGCUACGCUUUGAGCCUGAUAUCUCAACGAAUUCAGCAGGUGCUACCACUCUCGGCGGUUCCAUCGAUACUAUAUACUCGGCAUUAAACCGAGAAACCCUACUACAAGUACGUAAACCCUAACUUUGGGUUUCAAUAGCACCCUAUUUAUCGAUGUUAAUCGAGUGAUGCCACAGUUCUACCAAGGCUCCUGGCUCAAGCUGGUCGAUGCAAUCGCCAGCUUGAUUGAGCAGGACAGUCAAUUUGUCUUUGACGCCCUAGACGGUAAAGCCUCUUCCAGGCAUGUCAAUGGCAGCGGUGUGGCACACGACAUCAACUAUCGUGAUGAGCCGGUUGCGUUCUUCUUUGUACUAUUCGGAAUUGCUUUCGAGGCUCUUGCCGGCAGGCCAGGAGUUGACAGUCUUGCCACUAAGGAGCAGACGCUCGAAAUAUUGUUAGCACUGAAGAAGAUUCUACACCCAUCAGUUUGCGGUCACGCCAUUUAUCAGGAAGUGAUCUUCUCCGAGACGAUGGACCUAUUUGAUCGAUUAGUCCUUACUGAAGGCCUAGCUGUGCAAUCCGCCAUCAUCGAUAUUGCGAAGAGCCUAUGUGUCGAACACCCUACCGCUAGGUCAAAAUCUGGCGCCCAGGGGGAAAAUCUGACAGAAGACAUUGACCAGCUCUUCGAGUUGACAAGACUAAUGGUCCUAGUCCUUGCGCGCUUACUACCGAACGUAGUUGACAAGAAGACAAUGGGUAUGAAUACUAAUCAACCCUUUUUCUGCCGAAUGGGGCUAUGCUGACCUCAAGUUGUCCAGUCCGUCACCAACUCUCGGAAGAAGCUGCCAACCUUGUCCGAGUUUCUUUAGACGCUCUGGUAUAUGCCGCAGAAGUAUUUCCUGUUGUUAUACGAAUGGAUCUCUAUGCUUCAAUUCUUCACAUCUUCACUAGUAAGUCGCGAUACUUUCCCGCCCCGGCUGCGGUGCUAACAUAUGGCUCGUAGGCAUUUUCAGUACCGGCGUUUGUCAGACGGAGGUUGUCCCGCGGUCCCUGCCGAUAUUCAAGCGGUUCAUCCGAAUAAUCACGAAUUCUACCGGGGGCAACGACAGCGAGAUGGUUGUCAUGCAGGUCCGGAGUUGCCUAAGCAGCAUAUUACAGAUUCAUGAUAACGCAAAGUAUUCACUCCUCAUCCUGUCUGUCUACAAAUAACUGAUCAGUUUCGGCAGAAUACGAGGCGAUGCUGCACUGCCCUGCCUCAAGAACUGCUUGAUGGCCUCGACGAUAGUCAUUACCGCCGGAGUGAACGUAUUGCCCCCGAACGACAAGCAGGUACCACUCCUAUGCGAUAGAAUAAUAGACGCGUUGUCAGACACAGCAGUAGGCUCCCAUCCUCAAGCAGAAACACAUCCUAGCCGCAGUUCUAACAUCCCCACUCCCCAUAGACCUCCAAGAUGGCUGCCCAAUGCAGCCGCUCAAUCCUCAUGAUCACACCCAAGACCGCUUGCGAUCAAGAAAUAGUCCGUCACACGAUCCCACGACUAAUCACUUUCGUCACAACCACCAAAAGUGGUUCCGAGGAAGACUCGGAUCAGACAAAAUCCCUCGUCUGUCACACUCUCACAUCCUUCGUCUCCACACUCUUCGGCGACCAAAUACAGGUUGCCAUGGCGCUACUGAUCCCCACAUUGCUAGCCUACGCCUCACCAAAUCCAGGCGCGUACCCAGAGACGGCAAAGAGGUUGCUGGAGUUGGUCGCCAUUAACCAAGUGGCGUUCAAGAACGUUGUUGCAAACAUGGGCGCUGAGCAGAGGGGUUUCAUGGAGGAGAUCUUGAGGUCGAAUGCGAGGUCUGUUGCUGGGAGUACGCAGCAGCAGUCCAGUGCGCCGACCAUUGCGUUGAAGAUGAACUUUGCCUAGUUGGAUUCUUCUGUAUUGUUGUGGUUUGGGCUGAUGGGGAGCUGUAAUUAGAUAGAUACCAGCCAUAUAUUAAUUUAACGGUCGUGAUGAUUGCACCAGUGCACUCGCGCAUCGAGUACCGUGAAGGUAAGGGGGAGAAGCAGGACUCCCUCUUCAAGGAGAGAAGGUAUUGUAUUUGUACAAAUGUCACAAGAAUAUACAGCGCAUCCCAGAA